UUCCUCUUUCUACACAGUCACUCCAAUCGACCAUGAAGAUCUUCAUCUUGUUCGCUUUGGCUGUGAUGGCCACUGCCCAGGACAGCUAUCCCACCAAGUACGACAAUAUCGACGUGGAUGAAAUUCUCAACUCGGAUCGCCUCUUCAAGAACUACUUCAACUGUCUGAUGGAUGCCGGCCCAUGCACCCCCGAAGGUAACGAACUGAAGAAAUAUCUGCCGGAUGCCAUCGCGACCGGGUGUACCAAAUGCAACGACAAGCAACGUGAGCUGACCACCAAGGUGGCAAAGUUUCUGAUCGAGCAGCGUCCCGAUGAGUGGACCACUUUGCGAGGAAAAUACGAUCCCGAGAACACCUUUGCCGAUAAAUAUCGGGACGAGGCGGCUAAGCUUGGAAUCAAUUUGUAAGAAUUGGUUGCGGAAGAGCGGUUUGAAUUAGUUUGUACAU